UCCGGAUGUUCCCCCCCAGUAGCGAAAUAGCAAGCAGCAGCGGCAGCAGUGUGUGAAUGUGGCAAUCGAGGUAGACAGGGAGGGGUGGAAAUACUGACCGGACCGGGGUGGUUCUAAUUUUUGGGUCCUGUUUUGCUUUAUUUUUUGUUUCUUGUACCGCCAAGCCAUUACGGUUGAUACCACGCGACGUUUAGGAACUUGUUUGUGGGGCUGCAGAGCCGGUUGGCGCUUUUCUUCGGGACCAAGUGCUGUCGUUGUGGAAAUAGUCCAGAAGAAAGAAGGGAAGGCAGGAACAACAUGGGGCGAUAAUAAAAAAAAUGUGUUGUGUAGCGGACCGAUGAUGACUCUCUGGGAGGACCCUUGAAGCCUAUUUAUUUUUUUAUUUAUUACCCAUUUUUACCCCUACCCCCUGUAUCCUCUUUUGUAUUAUUCCCACCUUGUUAGUUUGGGAGAUUUUUUUUUUAAAGGAAAAGGCAACGUUACAAGCGGACUGAAGGAUGGAUCAAGCCGGCAUCCUAAGAAACUUUAUCCAGAGGGUGAAGGCCAUGAGCAAACUGGACGAGGACAGGGCAGAGGACAACUUCGGCAGCGACUUUAUGCGGUUGCGGCGGCUAUCGACCAAGUACCGAACGGAGAAGAUCUACCCCACCAACGUAGGAGAGAGGGAAGAAAAUGUGAAGAAGAACCGAUACAAAGACAUACUGCCAUGUAAGUCGUGGUUCAGCCUCCAACAAAGCUCUUAAUGUAGAUUUUCUUCU